GUCGGAUUUUUUCCGCACUUGUCUUGACAUCUGUACCGUGUGUCGGGGAAGUCAAAAAUUAAUUUAUUGUUCUAAAAACAUUCAGAAACUAAAAUGUAAAAACGAUAGUUAAAGAAAUGUAAUAAUAAUUCGUAAUACUUUAGUUUUGGUUAGUAACAUAUUGUUGUAAAAUGAUAUCUGAUCAGAAUAUAUUUGCACACAUUAAUUUAUUAACAUUAAAAAUUAAACCUUUGUAAAAACCCAAGUCUCAAUUUAAGAUUGCAAAGAAGAUAAGUAUGUUAUUGAAAAAUUUAUUCAAAAGAUGCUCAUUUAGUACCACGUAUAACCAUAAUGCCGUAAUUAUUACAUUAUUGUGCCUAAUCCAUUAAAAAUAAAAACAUAACCAAAAAGACAUUCCAUUUAAAAAUUAUUUAUUUAAAAUUUGAAUUCAAAUUAUAAUGGCAAGAACACGUAGUAAUAAGGCGACUUACAACUUCUGCCAAAUAUAUACGACUUACAAAAUACUCAAAGGUAUUAUAAAUGCGAUAUAAAUGCUAUAUGUAUAAUUGAAUUGUUACAGCGCCAUAAAACGUAUAACAUUAAUAUCCGAUAACAAGAUGACGUACUUAACCAACUAAUGCGUCUCAUUUUAUCACAGGACCAUCAAUCAAGCCACUCCGCGGGGACAAUUGGAGCGGGCAGCGGCAGCACUUAAUAUGUCCAACUAGACUAUUCAAUGCUCAUCCGAGCGAUGACAAGGUCUGAGUGAAAAUUUAGAAAGAGGCUAAAGUACGCUGUUAUCGAUGAAUGAACUAAACUACAACGCAGGGAUGAGCUCCUAUCAAUUCGUUAACUCCCUAGCUUCGUGCUAUGGGAAUCAGGCACCUGGGCGUACUGGCACGCCAGUCGAACAAUCAGGCCACCCGGGAAUACCUACGCCGGGUGCAGACUACUACAAUCCAAAUGCCGCGGCGUCCGCAUAUCCUAAUGCGUGCUAUUCGCCACCGCAAGUCAGCCAUCACUAUCCGCAACAUCCGUAUGCGACUCCUGCGGCAGGUGCACAUAUGCAACCACAAAGUAUGAUCGAUUAUACCCAACUGCACCCGUCAAGACUAGGCAGUACAACCAGUCAUAUGCAUCAACAUUCAAAUCCAAGCCCUGGUGCGCUCUCACCAAAUCUAAUGUCAACACCGCCCAGUCAAGCGGGUGGUGCCAGCUGUAAAUUUGCCGAUUCUACUUCUACAACAGGAGUAGCGUCUCCUCAAGACCUCUCUACGUCUUCUGGACCAGGAAGAACUUCACCGGGUUUCGGUACAGUUGGCGGACAGAAUUCUAGUGGCAGUACUAGUACAAAGCUAGGACUUACUACUCCUAUUGCUUCUCCUGUGGAGCACAAGGCUAAUGUUAACCAAAACAUCUCCAGUCCCGCGUCGAGCACAUCAAGCAAUGAAAGCAACGAGGCUAACAACUCUAGUUCUACUAAUUCCAAAAAUGCAAAAUCUACUUCAAACACACAAGCAAAUCCUCCGCAGAUUUAUCCUUGGAUGAAGCGUGUACAUCUAGGACAAAAUGCUCACACACAUACGCUAGCUAUUAUAAAAGUUGAGGAACUAAGAAGAAACAUAAAAUAUUGUGUAUUUCAAUAG